GCCCGCUCACCCGCCGCCGCUCUCUGCCCUGCAGGCCGAGCCAUGGUGGAGCCGCCGGCCGAGCCUCCCCCGCAGCCCUGCCCGGCGCCCGGGGGGGCGGCGGGAGGAGAGCCAGCCCGUCCCGGAGAGCAGUCGCCGCUGCUGCACCUGGAUCUGUACAACUUCGACUGCGCGGCGGCGGAGGGCAGCCGGUACGUGCUGACCAGCCCGCGGUCGCUGGAGGCCUGCGCCCGCUGCGCCGUGCGGCCCGUGGAGCUGCUGCCGCGGGCGCUGGGGGACCUGCUGCGGGAGGCGCCCGGGCGCUCCAUGCGGGUGGCUGCCGGCCUCUACGAGGCCUACGAACGGGAGCGCCGCCGCAAGCUGCAGCAGUGCCGGGAGGAGCGGGAGAGGAUUAUCCGGGAGGAGAAGAGGCGGAUCCUCGCGCCCCUCGGAAGCCUGCCGCCCUCGCCCGCCGCCCGUGUCGCCUCCCGCGCUGCCGCCGCCGCUGCUGCUGCCGGCGGGCCCCAGACCCAUGGCGGGGGGAAGACCAGGGCGUCGAGGGGUGCCAAGGGCAAGAGUCACUCCCUGGACUCGCUGCAGAAGCGCCGUGAGGGCAGCUGGGGCAAGACCUCUUCGGAGUCGGGGGCCUCGUCCUCCUACAGCGGGGAGAGCUUGCGGGAACGGGGGGGCAAGGUGGGCGGCCGGGGCCGGGGGGCAGCCACUGCCAGCGGGUCCUUUCUGGGGCGCAGCUUCAGCCUGGGUGAUCUCAGCCACUCACCACAGACUGCCCAGAGGGUCGAGAGGAUCGUCAGGGAGGUGAAGAGGAAGAAGGGCCUCUCGGAGGUGCCUGAAAGGGACAAGAAGAUUGCGGCACUGAUGAUUGCCAAGCACCAGGAGGCCAACAUCCUGCGGGAGCAGCGGCAGGCAGCCCAUCUUCAGUGGGACAGUCAGCGGCGCCUGGCUGAGCAGCGUAAGGAGCAGGAAGAGAAGGAGAAGCAGAGGGCCCUCCUGCAGGGUCAGCGGAUGUGGGAGAGCCAGGUGGAGAAGCGUCGUGGGAGGCUGUACCAGGAGCAGGAGGAAGCUGCCCUGCUGAAGCAGAGGCAGCGCCUCAUGUGUGAGGAGAGGUGGCGGGAGCAAGCAGAGAAGCAGGAGCGGCUGCGGAGGGAGAGGCUGGAGAGGGCCAUCCAGGAGGACAAGCAGAAGAAGCUCCAUCAAGAGCUCAACCUGAAGGCAAAGGAGGAGGUCAAGAAGGAACACCAGGAGCGAGAGGAGCAGCUACUGCAAGAGAAGCUGUCCACAGCUGCACAGAAGAGGCUGAAGAAGGAGGUGCAGCUGCAGAAGGAGAAGAGACUGUUCAACCAAGCAGAGAAGCUGAAGCACGAGGCCUUGCUCAAGGAAUUGGCCAAGCAAGAGGCAGAAGAGAAAGAAAUGCUGAAGGCCUCCCUGAAGAUGAGUUUGACGAAGGCUCAGGAGAACUAUGAGCAGCUAGUGGAGAAGAGAAACCAGGAGCUGAGGGAGAAGGCCAGGCGUGAGGACAUGCAAAUCCAGAGAGCUAAACUGGCAGCAGAGAAGAAGGAAAGAGAGCAGAAGGAGCACUUGGAGGCACUGGCUAGAGAGACAGAGAGAAAGCUCCAGCAUGCUGCCCAGGUGGCUGAAGAGGCCGUUCAGGAAAAAGCUCGCAAGGUAGUCUUGAGUCGUCUGGAGAAGGAAAAAGUGCAGAAGAUGAACAAACAAAAGGUGGAACAGUAUGAAGACUUACGACGCAGGGAAAUCCUCCUCUCUAUAGAGAGGAAGCUGGAGAGAAGCGAGCAGAUCUUCAAGGAGAAGAAGACUGUCUUAGAAAAUGCCAGAUCCGUCGCUCGGGCAUCCUUCCACGUCCGGGAAAAAGUACGGGAGGAAACAAACAUGCGCACCUUUGACAAGAUGGCCUUUGAAGCAGAACUGCAUGCUCACCUUAACAAGAAAUGAAAGAUCUUGUCAUGGAUGAGUGGGGGUACACCACUGUUUGUCCAUUGUAAUGGAUCAGAAAGCUCCUCCACACAAACAUUUGAAAAACAACAACAAUCAAAAUCCACCCUAAUUUCUUAUUCUGGGGGAGCAGGGUACCGCACAAAAUUGUGGCAGCUAUUUCACAUACUGUUUUAAAUACAUUUUUUGUUCUGGGUGUGUUUUAAGGACUGACCUCAGUCAUCUUUCCAGAGGGGAAGCAAGUUUUUGUGUCCUCCACCCCACAAGCACACACAAUUUUUCAGAAAGGGCUGCAGAAGAAGUCUGCUUGAAGCCUGUGAGUACUGAUGGGUUGUUUACACCGGAGAUGACUACAGCUGCAUUCUUUUCAGUUUGCAAUGCAGACAACAGAGGCAAUUAACUAUUAGAGCCUACUAAGUAAGAACCAAAACCGUCUGAGCUGAUUCUGCCUUGAGUGACAGGCAGAAUGGUCACUUGGUUUAAGUUAUGGGACUGCAUUUUCAAAGCUGCUGCACUUCCAUGCUGAAGAUGAGGAAAGCUGGAGUACAGAAUUCCAUAUGCCCCGGGUGCCCCUUGCCCACUGCUGGUACCAAGUUAGAGAAAGCACAGAUCAAGGCCAUGUUUCAUGUAACAGAUGUACAUGACCAAACAGCUUCACACAUUUUGGAUACCCUCAGGGAAUGAAGAAUGGUGGGAAGUAUUGAGGACCUCAGACAGGACCCUAAAUAUCGCUGGGAGACUGGGCUUCCACCCUCAGCUUGUACAACCUGAACUUUGGUCAUGUAUCCAUACUCUGAUGCAUUUGCUGCACUUGCUUGGACAUUAAGGCAGGUCUGUGGGGCUUUCCAGCAUGCCAGCUGCAUGCUUCACAGCCAUAUCCCAGCAGGAAAGGUUGUAUUCUAUCCUUCCCCAGUUCAGAUCAGGAUUAGUUGCUUAUUCAGAGUCCCUUCCCCCAUUGGCAGAGUGGAGGAAAAAUAAUUAUGAACCUUCUUUUUAUAUAUGCCAGCUAGCAGACAGGAUCAAUAUGCAAAGGGACUCCCUGAUUUCUGACAUGCCUAAGCCCUCAGACAACUGUGGGGGUUUUGCACCAUAUGGCUUUAUCGCUUGAUAAAAUAGUGCCCUAGAUAUAUUGGUUGUUUUCCAGUCUGCCACCAAAUGAACUUAGGAGGAUGGGCACAUACAGCCACAGUUUCUGUAGUGUUGUCACCGUUUCUGAGGUCUCCAGACCUAUCACAAGCUGCUGUAUUUUUGCAGCCCCUCCUGCCCCCCCUCCCUGGGACCAGCUACCGAAGGGAUUAAGCACGGCAUGCUAUCUACUGCAGUGGCUUAAUCACUAAGCAAAGCACUCAUCCCCUGACCACAAGGUCAGGGAAUUAUCUUCCUGACAGAUAAUGCAGUCAGGGCUUGGAACAAAAUGAGGAGCUGAACUGUCAUUGCAAGCCCACAGGCCACAGCUUUAUUGCUGUUUCCGGGGCAAGUAAUGCUGCUAGGAUGCUAUGAAAGUGUAGUGUGACUUUUCCCACAUGCCUCAAGAUGCCUCUUGGUGGCAGAGAAAGAUAAACACAGGAAAAAUAGUAUGCAGUUUUGUGUACACACAAAAUAAACACUUCCUAUGCCAAACCUGUCACUCUGAGAGUGAAAGGUUUUGAUGGUUGGAUGUAUUUGGCACUGUGUACUAAAGAGACUGUGAGUAACUAACUGAGCACUAAGACAGGACCAAAAGAGAAUUGACCUCGGAGGAAAUAUAUUUAUCUAGAAAUAUGGUUUCAGAAGGCAUAGAUCCUAUGCUUCAGUUUCAUCAGAAGGUGGGAAGUCCCAUUCCCACAUAAGCCAGCCUGUUGGGGCAGAGCUGCAAGUCCUGCCAGUCCCACAGCUCACCACACAGCUGCCAGAGGGCAACUCAAGCCAGUGGGGGAAAAACUCUUCAUUUGAGAUUUAAAUAUAAAGAGUUCAGGUCUGCUGCCACCAUAAAAGAGUGAGGAAAACUCCUGACACAGUGAGCUAUGAAACCAGGUUCUUACUAGGAACUAGCACAGGGCAUCGGCUCCAGCAGCUGUGCUGUGAGCACCUCAAGACCCUCUGCACGCAGCCAGGAAGAAUGAGCCAUGGUCUCUUGCCUGGUGGCCACUGGAGACCAGCCCCUUUUCAUAGAAGGGGAAGGCAUAAGCUGAGGUUACAGAAAAAGGCUGAGAAGGUGAGGCUCUCUACCCAAAGCUGGGCAAUACAAAUAGCUUACAGCUCUCCAGGUGACUCCUUCGCAGUCACAUACAUAGCAGUAACUACAGAGGAGGAAUCCUCAUCUCUCCACUUUAGUCAAGAGGCCAGGUCCCUAAGACUGAUUGAAAUUACACACACGGUAAAUCUUUCUUGUUGUGCCUUUCAAAAGCAGCUAAGCAAUCAAAUGACAUUUUGUUACC